AUGAAGCUCACCCUCACCGUUGCCGCCCUCAUCGGCCUCUUCGCAACCUCGGCUGUUGCAACCCGAGAAUGGGUAUACAACGACCACCGCAGGUCCCUGGACCUCCAAGAACACUUCGAGCGCACCGUCACCAAGCACGCCCAUCUCUGCAAACGCUGGGACGCUGCUCGCUGCCUCGAUGACGAAGACAAGCCUUCACCCUGGGAGAUGGAAUACCUCCAGCGUAAGACGGCCAAGAUCGAGAAGCAGGAUGCUGAGCACGCUGUCGAAAAGAUCAACGCGCUCUGGAAUAAGUGGAUUGUAGAGGAGGCGGAGAGAAUGUCCAAGGGAAAGAAGGUUGACAAGUCGCUCGAGUAA